AUGACCAAGGUCAAGGAGGAGGCUUGGAGGGAGUGGUACGAAAAGAUGGAAACCAAGGAAGGAGAGAGGAUGAUAUACAAAGUGGCAAAGCAAAGAGCACAAAGUAGACAGGACGUGGGAGAGGUAUCUGUGAUAAAGGGCAAAGAUGGAGUCUUACUGACAGAUGAGAAUAAGAUCAGGAGAAGAUGGAGGGAGUACAUUAGCAACCUGCUGAAUGUGGAAAAUGAGUGUGACCCACUCCGGGGUUGCCCACCGGUUGAAGGCCCCUUGCCUGAUAUAAACGAUAAGGAAGUAGGAGAAGCAAUAAAGAAAAUUAAGAGCGGGAGGGCAACAGGGUGCUCCGGACUACCAGUGGGCCUGCUAAAACGCCUAGGGAAGGAGGGAAUCCAGAAGGUAUCAUCACUCCUUCAGAAAGUAUGGGACGAAGAGCAGAUGCCAACAGAAUGGGAAUUAAGUGAACUAGUCAACAUUUACAAGAGGAAAGGGCACCCACUGGACUGUGGGAACUUCAGGGGCUUCAAGCUAAUGUUAUGA